AUGACUCCGAAUCAAUUCUCUGUAGAUGCGUUGCACAUAUGCUCGGAAGGUGCAACACGGGACAGAUUUCUGGAUACGUUCACAACGAAAAGUAAAUUCAUUGAACUGCGAGUAAGCAGAGAUGGCUUGGAGUCUGUAAAACAGUCUCUUAGAAAAAUAGCUUCGCACACAUAUGCGAGUAACAUAGUGCUUUCCCUUGAAGACCUCACACAUUGUAAGGCGCGUGAGCUAGAUGAAGUGGCUUCGUGUACUCCCGUUAGUCGUGGCUGGAGGGCUGGUGUCAUCACCAUUAGCGGCAGUGUCCAUAUUAGGUUAUUGGGCGUGCCUGAGAUUGAUAAAGGAGUCCGAGAAGUUGUCAACUGGAACUAUAAUGAAGGCUAA